CACAGACACACAAAUCCAGCAGCUCCUGUGUGUAAUGUGGGAGAUAUGAACCCUGAUGAGAAAAUGACAGAGCUGGGCAAACAACCGUCGGGGGAAGAUGAAGAGAAAGGCUGCAAGAUACGGCUUCGCCAUGGACUUUACCCCAAUCCCCCCAUCCAGUCUCAGGAAUGGAACCCUAAUCCUCAUUUACAAAGUGAUAAAGGAAUUUGUCUGCCGCCUAUUCGCUGGACGAUGCCCGUCCACCCCAACUGUGAUCUGGAUUGGAAACCUUCUGCGAGAUGGUUACCCUCUCCGCGAUAUCCCGAUGCUCCAUAUCCUCACAUAAAAGAUAUAAAAUUUCCUGAAGGCAUCAGGCUCCUCCGCUCCUUCCCAAAAAGCUUUCAUGAUGUUGGAGCCGAGUGGACAUUUUAUCCCAACCAAGGGUUGCCUUUCGCGUAUCAUACAGGGAAACGUUGUAUCUUCCAGGGAACCCACUGGGGUAACCAGACCUCAGCUGAUGUAUCAACGUUACCAACAUACUUACGAACAAAGAAAAAAGUCACUGACCCUAGAAAUGGGAUCCCUGCAGCCAGCCUCGGGGAUAAAGCAUUCAGUACUCCAGAGUACAGUCCCGGCUUCCACAAACUUGGGUCUACAAGACCAUUGGUGAAUUUUAAAGACUCGUAUAAGUUAAAGUCGGACACAUUUAUUCCUCUUCAGAAAUUGUCCAAUACUUCCAGUGUUCCCUACAGAAUUAAGGCGCAGUGCCAGAGUCUGCAAGAAGAAAAGAGAGACGUAGAAAAGUUGAAUGAGUGGAAACCUGCGAGACGUUCGUUUCUAAUUGGACUCCCCAACAUUGGACAGAAAGUACAGACCAAAUAAAGAAGCAAAUAUGUAUGACGGUCAUUAAGAAAAACAAAACACAAAAUCAAAACAAUUUAGUUUCUUAUCAUUCUAUUUUUCUUCCUUGUU